CUUGAAGGUUGAGAACGAACAAGUCAAGACAAGAUUGAACUGAAAUAUCAUUAUGGAAUGAAUGGCCAACUCAGACACAGCGGUGGCGAAGAUCCACGUUUUCGGCACAUCCAGAAACAAUAGUCAAGAGAUAGAAUUCACUGUUUGAAGUAAGACCUGGUACAAAUAUCGUAUUCUCCCAGAGUGGAAUACAGACAGACACAGCACACUGUAGUCUUAGUUUCUUGCCUCAUCUCGUUGAGGAUUUCCCUGUUCAGCCAAGGAAUUUAGUUAAGUCAACAGGAUGCCCGUGAUACGAGUUUCCAAAGUCCUCAGGUGUUCAUCUGAGGACCCAGUGUUUUCUUCCAAGAACCUUCUCCUGACUGAGCGAUAUCGCAAGUUUGUUUGCCACCAAUCGAAUCAAGCUGACCGCAUCGAGGUCGAUCUGCAGCUUGCUAGUCCUUCUCAAAUCACCAACAUUGACUUAGGUAACAAUGGCUCUGCAUUUAUUAGUAUGCUUGUUGGUCGCUCCGGCAGUGCCAAUGAGAAGGAGUUUGUAGGACUGCUACCAGAGACAAUGCUGCAAACACCGAUAGAUGCCAGGGCGGGCCGGCACAAAGCAUCCGUCAGGCUCUUUCGCUGCGACUCGCUAUCACCAUCAUCCAGAGAUCAAUACUGGGAUUUGGUGCGGAUCAUCCUGCGCCAGCCGUACAAGACCCGCGACCCGUUCGGGCUUUCAUUUCUUAAAUUCCAAGGAGUCGAGCAGGAGAGCACAGAAGAGACACGCAUCACCAAUCGGGGAUCCGAAGUCACCAGUCGCAGCCAUGAGGUUGGUAGCAGUAGAUCGCCCGUGACGGCGGCAUCAAGCACCCGCUCAUCGACGGUUUCUAUAAAAAAGGAUGACCCUGACGCCGCUCCAGGUCACUUGCGAUCAAGAAAUGCCCCCGUGCUCAAACCCUCACUACCCGGGUCGGCAGCUUUGCAGCUGGCAACUUCGGCAGGAAGUACGUAUGCCAAGGCACCACAGCGCCUUCUCAUGAGCCGUGUUAGGCGCAUGGACACGAGUGAAAUGUCCGCCAUCGAGUGCAAGAAACCGUUCUGCGAUAGUGACGGUGUCACUCUCCGAUCGGACCUCGUUAAAGCUGAGAUGAUGCUGAAGGGCCAGGCAUUGUCUUCAGCGUCAACAGCCAAGACUCUUGGUGAUAGUAUCGAUGUAGGCGCACAGAAACGAAAGCAUUCACCUGGCAUGCCCGACCCAUCAUCUAGUCCCCCUAGGAAGCUGGCAACUCCAAGCUGUUCGUCUGCAGUAUCCCCUAGAAUCGGCUCUUUGCGAGGUCCAUCUGACUCAGGCAAGGAUGACUUCAUUGAGUUUGAACCCGCACCCACCACCCCUCGCCGCACGCCCGCCUCUGCUGCACCCAAGCCGCGCCAAUCGUCAGUACUGGAUCGUAUCGAUGCUCAGCUACAGCAAUUGGAUAGCUCACGAACGCCGUCGGUUCCUGCUGACGAAUCUGAUGGUAUGACACCACGGCGGAGUUUCCUGGACGCACGCAACAAGGAGAGGACGCCCCGCAGCCAGUCGGGUGUGAACUUCAUGAGUUCGUACACCAAGGACAAACCGAAACUGCCCAGUGAUGUUGCACCUACUGUUCUGGGCUUAGGUGGAGCCGAUGAAGAGGUGGACGAUAAGGGGGUUCGGAUCGAGCAGCGAGUCGACGAUGACGGGCGUGUGACAUUCAAGAAGAUAGAACGACGACCAAUGCCAAAGCCGGUCGUCACUCUAAAGACGCGCUUCAAGCCCAACAAGCAAAUGAAGAUAGGCACAUUGCUGAAUCGCAUGAAGGCAUCAGCAGAUGGCAGUGGGACGGGUACGGGCGCAAGCAAUGGUAGUGGUAACCAAGGCAACACGUGUGGAUGGAUGCAGGCACACGAUAGCAGUCGACCUCUGCCGAACACGGACAUCAUGAUCAUCGAUGACGACGACAUGGCCAACGCGGCACUCACGAUGCCCGCGUACAGCAUAUCCGAUCAUUCAGUGCCAGCAAUCGAAAGUGACCAACUCGAAGCAGAAAUCCACAAGUUUCUUGACGGAAUCGACUUCGACACGAUUGACUUGGAGACCGUCACGUUUCGAGAUAUGCGCCAUCAGUUUGAGUACAGUCGAGGGCAGGAGCUGGACCGGGCUCAACAUCGCACCUUUCUCACUCUGGCGCGGUCGGUUGUGGAGCGUGUCACCGACACUGCCGAUGCUGAGGAUGAUGUACAGGUUGUAGAUCUGAGUCGUCAAAUGCCGUCUGCGUAUCAAUCGACCAAGGCAUGUGCAUCUUUAUCUUUGGCAGAAUCUGUUCAAUGUCCUCUGUGUCAGUCAAGGUUUCCACAGUAUGCAAUUGAAGCCCAUGCCGCCAGUUGUUGCUGAGUUUCAUUGGUGUCGAUAGCUUUUUUUCUUUACCAGUAUCCUCAUCUGGACACUUUAUUCCGUCGACUUCUCAAGAAAAUGUUAUCCUCUUACGAAAGGUGUUUGCUCCCCCAAUUCUCUUAUGCUUAGUAUAGUAGGCGACCACUAGUCACUUCACUUCAGUUUUCAGCAAAUUAUGGGUUUUUUAACACUGAUAUCGUGAUAUUCUUUUCAUUCAAAUAAGUUGUAAAUUUCUGUUAGCAAGAUUGUACAGGCAGUGUGCAUGUGUACAUACAGACAGCAUGUAACUCACUGAUCUAGUCCUUUCAUAUAAAUUAUUUUUUAUUUUUUAUUUGUGCCACUUGCAGUCGUGGUGCGUGCAAGCAAAUAAACUCUUGAAGUACUGUAGAGGCAGAAAAU